AUGAAGGAAGCUAUUGCUGAAUCUUCUAAACAACGUAGUGUUGGUUUUGUUCUCAUUAAUAGUUUGGAGUCGUUGAGAUUCGAUUUACUGAUUUCGAUUGUUCGGUUUUCUCAGUACUCUAUAAACCCUCCCCCCGUCAAUCGUCCUGUAAGAAUCUACGCCGAUGGAGUCUAUGAUUUAUUCCACUACGGCCACGCUCUCCAACUUCGACAAUGUAAACUAUUCUUUCCAAACGUUUAUUUGAUGGUAGGAGUCUGUUCAGAUGAAUUAGUUAGAAAAUUUAAAGCUUCGCCUGUACUUACCAGUAUAGAAAGGUACGAAAGUGUAGCCAAUUGUAAAUGGGUCGAUGAAGUGGUUGAAGAUGCUCCAUGGCAAGUUGAUGCUGAGUUCAUGCAAAAACAUCAAAUCGAUUAUGUUGCUCAUGACGAAGAACCUUAUGCAAGUGUAGAUUCAGAUGAUGUAUACGCUUACGCCAAAUCCCAAGGUAAAUUUUUACCAACUCGUCGAACCGACGGAGUUUCGACCUCUGAACUUUUACAAAGAAUAGUAGAAGGAUAUAUCGAAGGAACCUACGAUAACAAAUUAGAAAAACUAGGUGUACCCGAAUUAUGUAGUAAUAAAGCUUUGAGUGAAACAGGUAGUGGUGGGAUUGCACAAAGAGCAGGAUCAAGAACUCCAAUGGUAAUUCCUAAUAGUCCUAAAGCUGGCACUGCUAUAGAUGCAGAAAUGGAUGACGGCACGGCUACUGCUAAUGAAGCUCCUUAGGAAAAUGAGCACUUCUUCUACAUCUCUUUGUACUCUUAUUUCUUCGAGAACUCGUCGUUUUUGCACAAGAUUCAAGGUAACAGAUCGGUGGUUUGGUGGUAUUGAUUUGAAAAUGAAGUCAAGAAGAAUUUCUCGAAUUCCUCUUUAAAUUCUUCUCUGUAUUGGGUUACUUAAAUCUCUGAUCUCGGCAUUGUAUGUAUUUCAAGAUUUCUCGUUGCAAUUCUUUCAAGAUUGUUUAUUUUUCUUUGGCUUUAUUGAACUCAUCUUUAUAAUCAAGCAAGAAAUGUUAUAUAGUAUAUAUUUACUUAUUUUUCGUUUUACAUCAUAAGUGAUUCUUUUUGACUAAUUUGAUUUUUUUCUUUUGAGUGU